AUGAAUGAACCAAGCUCCAACCCUUUAUUCUACUACCAAAAUGAUAAGCCUAUAUCUAAAAAGUUGAUUGCAGAUGAAUUUGAACCAAGCUCCAACCCUUUAUUCUACUACCAAAAUGAUAAGCCUAUAUCUAAAAAGUUGAUUGCAGAUGAAUUUGAACCAAGCUCCAACCCUUUAUUCUACUACCAAAAUGUUAAGCCUAUAUCUAAAAAGUUGAUUGCAGAUGAAUUUGAACCAAGCUCCAACCCUUUAUUCUACUACCAAAAUGAUAAGCCUAUAUCUAAAAAGUUGAUUGCAGAUGAAUUUGAACCAAGCUCCAACCCUUUAUUCUACUACCAAAAUGAUAAGCCUAUAUCUAAAAAGUUGAUUGCAGAUGAAUUUGAACCAAGCUCCAACCCUUUAUUCUACUACCAAAAUGAUAAGCCUAUAUCUAAAAAGUUGAUUGCAGAUGAAUUUGAACCAAGCUCCAACCCUUUAUUCUACUACCAAAAUGUUAAGCCUAUAUCUAAAAAGUUGAUUGCAGAUGAAUUUGAACCAAGCUCCAAGCUCCAACCCUUUAUUCUACUACCAAAAUGA